GCGACAAACUUCGGCUACACUUUCGACAAUAUCGGUAUUGUGGUCUCGGCGUGGCUGAGGAAGGUGAAUGUCACCACCUACGCGAGGUACAUCUUCGAUUAUCGUGCACUUGUGGGCUUUCGUCUUACCCUUGAGCAGCCUCCGGCCGUAAACGCGAUUGUAAAGCAGAACGGCAACGCUUAUGAUGUGGGCUUUGGUCAAGACUUCUGUGCUCCGAUCUUCAAUCUCUUACGCACAGAAAAUCGCCCACAGGCUUGGGAGUAUUGCAGUGGUGUACCAGACUAUGACAAUCCCCUGAUCGACCCAGAGCAGCCAAUCCGUGAUUAUCUCCAGAGCGUCUCUGACAGUGACAAUCAGGAGCAUCAACUAGAUCUCUUCUACGAUUACCGGAAUAACAAAGCGGCAUACCGUGAAUGGUACUUAUAUCUCGAGACGAGCCAGAUACCAGUUCUUGCCGUAUGGGGUGAAGGUGACCCGGCAUACGCGUCCGAAGAUGCUGAGGCUUACAAGAGACAUACAAAGAACUUGGAGAUUCACUUCCUAGAUGCAGGUUAUUUUGUCCUCGAGAUCAAGAGAUCUCUAGGCCUGUUAUCUUUGAGUGUCGACGGUAUCUUACGACACGUGAUACAGUCAUUAGUGAUUGCGGCUUUGCUAUAA